AGACGAGGGUACCCAAUAGGCCAAAACUUUCUCCUGGUCAUUUUCCAGUAUCACUCGAACAAGCGAACCGGUACAUCAAUAAACCUGCAGAGGGGAGAACAUCGAAGGGAGAGACGCUUGGAAGGGCAGGAGGAACCGAAGGCAACGAUGAGCGUCGCGGCGGCAGCAGCAGCAGCGUCGACGUACCUGGCGAGGAGGGCUGCCCAGAAGGAGCGGGUGAGGAUCCUCUACAGGAGAACCCUCAAGGAUACCCUCGAUUGGGCCGUGCAUCGUCACAUUUUCUACAAAGAAGCAUCGGACUUGAGAGAAAAAUUUGAGGCCAACAGGCAUGUGGAGGAUCUUGACACCAUUGAUAGGAUGCUUGAUGAAGCCGAAUCGAGGUUUAAUUGGUGGCGACAUCCUGACCCAUAUAUCGUUCCCUGGGCUCCUGGUGGCAGCAAGUUUUGCAGAAAUCCAACUCCUCCUUCUGGGAUCGAGAUAGUCUAUGAUUUUGGAAAGGAAGAUAAUGAUUAAGUUUAUGGUCAUCAUUAUGCAAGCAAUAAUAAGACUCAAGGGCUGGAGUUAUGUUUUUUCCUUGAUCUUUUUUGGGCUGGGAUAUUGUUCAAGCUCUUAUCUGGAAGCCAUUCUCAUGGCUGUACAAAAUCAGGCUGAUAAGGAAUUAUCCAUGUGUUUAGUUCUGCGUCUUUGUUCUGUUUGCAUGAACAUCUGUGACAGCAUUAUUAACAUGUUUGUUCCUUCCGUCCAAUAUUUCAGUUCAAAGGUGAGAAGACACUCUUAACAAGCUGACAAGUUGUGAUUCUUAUGAAAAACAGCAUGUCUGCUGCUUCUGAGUU